AUGGCUUCUCUCCUCUCUCUACCACUGGAGAUAGUGGUUCGCAUUCUGGGACAACUAGACGUUGCUGAUCUUGAGAACGUGUCGAAAAGCUCACCGAUAUUUGAAGAGAUAGUGAAUGACUCUGAGAUCUGGAGAACCCAGUUCAAGAGACAGUUCGGUGUCACUGAGUUCAGUUCUCUAACAAGAUCGAAGAACUUCUCAGAAGAGUUCUUUGCCAGGUCUCAGAUGCUUAGACGAUGGGCACGUGAUACAAAGAUCACAAAGAUCAUCAAGGUUGCCACAUUCCCAUACGCGAUGCUUUGUGAUGUAAAGAUGGUCUAUCCGAGGUGCUUCGUGAAGGAUGCGUCUGACAUCAUAACUGUGGUGAACGUCAGUAAGGGUAAGAUGGAAGCACAAUUGUCUGCUUCGUCUCUGAAUGGCUUGACUACACAGUGUCUAUCGCCGACUGAUUCCGUUGUGGGAACGAUAAAUGGUGUCAUCGCCCGCCAUCAACUACAGCAAAGGUUUUACUACGCCAAUGAUAAGCCAUUUGAUAAAAAGCAUCCAAGUAAAGUCACGUGUAUAUAUAGCAAUGAAACUCAUUGUUAUAGUGGUGACGAUAAGGGGAAUAUCUUUGUGUCCGACUUCAAAACCAUGAAAGUUGAACAUGAAUACAAGCUCAAUGGUUCAGUCCAGUGCUUGAAGGGCUGUAGGGAUUCUGUCAUUGCAGUCACUAAAACUGACAUGCAUGUCCUUUGCUCGUCUCGAGGUACAUCUGUGAUUCCUUUCGAUGAAUACGUGGAUUUCUUUAAAGUCGAUUUUGAAGGUGAAGUAAUUAUCGUUGGUCAUGAGACACAAUUAUGGGCCUAUUCAUUCGCAUCUUCGUCAUUUGGCCGAUCUACUUCCUUCAAAGUCAACGGAAGUGAUCAUAUUACCGGUGUUUCAUUAGAGACUCGUAAGCCUUGUGAUGCAAGAGUUGCCGGAGGCGAUGGGCUCAACCUGGCCGUGGUUACUGACAACAGGCUACUCAUCUUUAACAUACGCCGUGGGUUAGAUAAGCCUUUGACUGAUAUCAUGCCCACUCUUGAUACCAAAAGAGGUUUUCGUAUAAAUAGCGUUGCAGUGAAUGCCACUGUAGCACUUGUGGGAUGCUCAGAUGGGCUGAUUGGCUGUUUUGAAGUACUCACAGGUAGACGUCUUUGUAUUAUCAACAAAGCCCUACCAAUGAGAUACUUUGGUGUACGUGAUGUAUCCACAUCACACAUAUUCCUAGGUGGGAACAAUGAAGACACCUUUGGUGGAGCCAUUGUGGGAAAUAUCAUGAUUUACUUCCAAGUUGGUGAUUUAAAGGUCCCAGCAUCAAAGAAAAAGGGUAAGAAGAGUGUCAACGGAUUAAUUGGAGAAAGGAAAAAUGCAAUCCAUAAAGUAAUAAAGAAUGAGGUUGAUGAGAUUGACUAUCGUCAUCAGCUCCAGGAUGCUGAGGAUGAACUACGAUCAAGGUAUAACGGUGAUGAUCUUACACAGGAAGAAGAAAUUGAACUUGCAAUGGUAUUGAAUCAGUCAAUGCAAGAGCAAUCGAUAGACAAUGAAAGCGUAUCAUCGCUGACUGAUUCCAUUCUGGAACAAAUCAUCUCAGACUCAACCGAACCUGACAUUGAGUCGACGGAACCAACUAAUAGUUCAGCUCAUCAUUUCGAUGAUGACUAUAACGACGAAGAGUUUGAAAGACACUUGGAAGAGGCAUUGAGAAGAUCGGUAUUAGAUAAUUAA